AUUACAGAAAAUUGGGUGACCAAAACAAAAAAGGAAAUACCCAAGUAGGGGUGUAUGUAGCCACCCGGCUUCUCGAGCUCGUUGCCUCAUUUUGUAUUUUUGCUUUUCGGGAAAUCAACCAUUUCCUCAUUCAAUUCAAACAAGUUCAAACAGCAUAUAUACUACACGGGCCCAGAAGAGAGACACAGAGAGAGAGGCAGAAGGAAGAGCAAAGACAAAGGCUCUGCAUUUUCUCACCUCACGUAGCCACGUGCCUUCCCCCUAUACUGGUAAUGGAGGAAAGCCACAAGCAAGUGGAGGAAAGCCACGAGCAAGUGGAGGAUAUUGAUAGUGCUUCUAAUGGCAGUGAUAGCGAUUCUUUUAUAGAUGACUCAGAAGUUGAUGAAGUUUCGACGUCCGGACAAGACGACAAAUUGCAUCCAGGAACCUUUAUCUGAUAAAGAAAUUGAGGAGCUUAUUGCUGAGUUUUUGGAGGUUGAGAGUAAGGCUGCGGAAGCUCAAGAAGCACUUGAAAAAGAGUCUCUUGCCAAAGUGGAGAGUGAAGUUAGAGAGGAGUUGGCACAAACUCUUCAUGAGGAUGAUCUGGAAACAGCUGUUGCAGAUGAAAUGACUAUUUUAAUGGAAGAGUGGCAAGCUGAGCUUGAUGACCUCGAGACUGAGAGUGCUCAUUUGUUGGAACAACUUGAUGGGGCUGGCAUUGAGCUACCAAGCCUUUAUAAGUGCAUUGAAAGUCAGGCUCCUAAUGGUUGCUGCACUGAAGCUUGGAAAAGACGGAUACACUGGGUAGGAUCUCAAGUGACUGGAGAAUUUACUGAGUUAAGGACCGAUGCAGAGAGGUAUCUCCAAGCCCACAGACCUGUAAGAAGGCGACAUGGUAAACUAUUGGAAGAUGGCGCUAGUGGAUUUCUGCAGAAAAAGCUAACCAUAGAUGGAAACAAGGAUGCUGUGACUGCUGAAGUUGAUUGGUGUUCUCUCAACAAACUAUUUUCUGAUGGUGCAACUGGGGAUGGUGCUUCAUUUGGCAGUAAGCACUGGGCUUCUGUUUACUUGGCCAGUACGCCACAACAAGCUGCUGAGAUGGGACUCAAAUUCCCUGGUGUGAAUGAGGUGGAGGAGAUUGAUGAUAUUGAUGGCAAUUCUAGUGAUCCAUUUGUUGCAGCUGCCAUUGCAAAUGAAAGAGAACUGGAUCUGUCUGAAGAACAAAAGAAAAAUUAUAGGAAGGUCAAAGAAGAGGAUGAUGCAUAUGUUGAUCAGAAGCUUCAAAUUCAUUUGAAACGGAAGAGACAUCAAAAGAGACGUAAACAGGAUGUUGGCAGGAAGGAAGUUUGCCCAGUUGAUCGGGUGAUAGAAAGCAACAUGGCCCAGUCUCCGUCUAUGCUAGACUCUGCUACCUGUAUCUCAAAUGGUAAAAUUGAUGAACAUGGUGAAAUUUUUUCUAACAAUGAUGAUGAGGGAUGCCAAAAUAUGAAGUCUGCUGUGCUUGAAGAUUUGGAAACCUCUAAUAAUGUCGACCAAGAAAGCAUAACGAGUAAUGGUUCUUCUCCGGUGCCUGAUUCUAGUGAAUCAAGAGGCUCCAAGCGUCUGAAUGAGGAUGAGGAACUAAACAUUGAUAAUAAGAGGGGUCGAACCGUUAUAAUAGAUAGCGAUGAUGACGCUCCACUGAAAGAUAUUUCAGACUGCAAUUUGAUAAAAUCUGAGGACCAGUCCAAUGUGGACGCGAGUAUCUGCAUAUCUGCCACUGGUGGUCUUCCUUCACAUAGUCUGAAUAAGAAGGUCUACUGCACUGCUUGUAAUAAACUUGCUGUCGAAGUGCGCUCACAUCCACUUCUGAAGGUGAUUAUUUGUACAGAUUGCAGAUGCUUAUUGGACGAAAAGAUGCAUGUGAAGGAUCCUGAUUGCUGUGAGUGCUAUUGUGGGUGGUGUGGGCAAAGCAAGGACCUUGUAAGUUGUAAAUCCUGCAAGACAUUGUUUUGUACGACUUGUAUAAAAAGGAAUAUUGGAGAGGAAUGCUUAUCCGAGGCCCAGACCUGUGGCUGGCGAUGUUGUUUCUGUUGCCCAAGUCUUAUACAGACAUUGAUGUUACAAUUAGAGAAAUCAAUAGGUUCUGGAGAUAUGGUAGUUUCUAGCUCUGAUAGUGAUUCAGAUAAUUCAGAUGCAGAACUAGAUGUUGCUAUCAGUUCUAAGAGGAAGAGAAAGAAGAGAAUUCGGAGGAUCAUUGAUGAUACUGAAUUAGGAGAAGAGACCAAAAGAAAAAUUGCAAUUGAAAAGGAACGUCAGGAACGCUUAAAGUCUUUGCAAGUACAAUUUUCGGCCAAAUCUAAGAUGAAGAGCUCUGCAAGCUGUAAUGGGAAUUUACCCGAAGGUGCCAAUGCUGAAGUGCUGGGUGAUGCAUCAGCUGGAUAUAUAGUGAAUGUUGUGAGAGAGAAAGGUGAAGAAGCUGUCAGGAUCCCUCCAAGCAUCUCAGCAAAACUGAAGACACAUCAGAUUACGGGGGUAAGAUUUAUGUGGGAGAAUAUCAUACAGUCAGUCAGAAAAGUGAAGGCUGGGGAUAAAGGUCUUGGAUGCAUUCUAGCUCACAUGAUGGGCCUUGGUAAAACUUUUCAGGUCAUAGCUUUUCUGUACACUGCAAUGAGAAGUAUUGAUUUGGGAUUGAAAACUGCACUUAUAGUCACUCCUGUGAAUGUGCUACAUAAUUGGCGGCACGAGUUCAUGAAAUGGAGACCUUCAGAGCUAAAGCCUCUUCGCGUUUUCAUGCUAGAAGAUGUGUCAAGGGAAAGAAGAGCAGAGGUUCUUGCAAAGUGGAGAGCUAAGGGUGGUGUUUUUUUAAUUGGCUACUCUGCUUUUAGGAACUUAUCCCUUGGAAAGCAUGUGAAGGAUCGACACAUGGCUCGAGAAAUUUGUGAUGCCUUGCAGGAUGGACCUGAUAUACUUGUUUGUGAUGAGGCCCAUGUUAUUAAGAAUACCAGGGCUGAUGUAACCCAAGCCUUGAAACAAGUGAAAUGCCAAAGAAGGAUAGCAUUAACUGGAUCACCUCUCCAGAACAAUCUCAUGGAAUAUUAUUGUAUGGUUGAUUUUGUAAGGGAAGGUUUUCUUGGAAGCAGCCAUGAGUUUAGGAAUCGCUUCCAGAAUCCCAUAGAGAAUGGCCAACAUACUAAUUCAACCGUGGAUGAUGUGAAAAUCAUGAAUCAAAGGUCUCAUAUUCUGUAUGAACAAUUGAAAGGAUUUGUUCAGAGAAUGGACAUGAAUGUGGCGAAGAAGGACUUGCCACCAAAAACUGUUUUUGUAAUAGCUGUUAAGCUCUCUCCCUUACAGAGGAAAUUAUACAAGAGAUUUCUUGAUGUGCAUGGAUUUGCUAAUGACAAGGUUUACAAUGAAAAGAUAAGGAAGAGAAGUUUUUUCGCUGGCUACCAGGCCUUAGCUCAGAUAUGGAACCACCCAGGGAUCUUGCAACUAAGAAAAGAUGACAGAGACUAUGUGAGACGCGAAGAUGCUAUUGAGAAUUUUCUUGCAGAUGACAGCUCUAGUGAUGAAAACAUUGACGAUAGUUUGGUUUUUGGAGAGAAGCAGAGGAAGAUCAAUGAUAUUUUGCCAGGGAAAAAGGAUGAUGACAUUUUUCAAAAGGAUUGGUGGAAUGAUCUUAUUCAUGAGAAUAAUUAUAAAGAGCUUGAUUACAGUGGCAAAAUGGUAUUGCUGCUUGACGUUCUCGCCAUGUGUUCUGAUGUGGGCGAUAAGGCGUUGGUGUUUAGCCAGAGCAUACCAACACUUGACCUCAUAGAACUUUACCUUUCAAGACUACCUCGACAUGGGAAGAAAUGGAAGUUUUGGAAGAAAGGAAAAGAUUGGUACAGGCUAGAUGGAAGAACAGAGAGCUCAGAAAGGCAAAAGUUGGUUGAGCGCUUUAAUGAUCCCCUAAAUAAGAGGGUGAAAUGCACUCUGAUUUCCACCAGAGCUGGAUCUUUGGGGAUAAAUCUCCAUGCUGCUAAUCGUGUAAUCAUAGUUGAUGGUUCUUGGAAUCCAACAUACGAUCUUCAGGCUAUAUACCGUGCUUGGAGGUAUGGCCAAACAAAGCCGGUUUUCGCUUACAGAUUGAUGGCACAUGGAACCAUGGAAGAAAAAAUUUAUAAGCGUCAGGUAACAAAGGAGGGCCUGGCUGCAAGGGUUGUUGAUAGACAACAGGUACAUAGGACAAUAUCUAAGGAAGAGAUGUUGCAUCUUUUUGAAUUCGGUGAUGAUGAGAACCAUGAGCUUGGCCAAGAUAAAGGAUGCUCGGACCAAAAUAUGACUGGUGAAGUUGAAAUUUUGCCUAAACACGAAGUGCCUCUUUCUCAAGGAAGUUGCUCUUCUGACAAGCUAAUGGAAGGUUUACUUGGCAAGCACUAUCCAAGGUGGAUUGCCAAUUUCCACGAACAUGAGACCCUUUUGCAAGAGAAUGAAGAGGAAAAGCUCUCAAAGGAGGAGCAAGACAUGGCUUGGGAAGUAUACCGGAGAGCAUUGGAAUGGGAGGAAGUGCAGAGAGUUCCUCUCAAUGAAUCUGCAGUCGACCGAAAGCCAGCUGCACUAAAUGUGGCCUCAUCUGCACCAGAGAUGAGCAGCCUUGCUGAAUUGAAAGCGAAGGAUAUUUCUGUGCUGCGGAAAUGCACUAAUCUUUCACAUUUGCUAACCCUCAGAAGUCAGGGGACAAAAAUUGGUUGCACUACUGUGUGUGGGGAAUGUGGUCGUGAGAUAUGCUGGAAGGAUCUGCAUCGAGAUGGCAGGCUUGCAAGGUGAACAAGAGUGCCUUCCAAAUUGUUGUAGAUUGUGUGAUGUAAAUGGUUCGAUUGUAUAUUGCAGUUUCUGUAGGUUCAAUGCUUCCUUGAACACAAUUUGAACAUUCUUUUUGGCGUACUUGUUUUGUUUUGAUGAGGAAAUGUCUUCCUCCUUGAUACCACAGAAAUAGGCUUGUAUAAAUCAAAGUUGCGAGAAUGAACUGAGCAAUGAAAAUCCGAAACCUUUUCCUUGGGAUGAA